AGCAUCCUGCCGUCUUCAAUGUUGGCAAGGCUCCUCCUCGCGCCGCCACCCGGCACCGCGGUGCGAUGUGCUUCGCAACCAGUCAUGCUCUUCGGCGGCGAGGAGCCCUGGCUUGACCGGCAGAAGCGGCAGAGGCGGCAUAGGCGCGGAUGGGGCGAGCCCGAAUACAGCAGGAUCGGGCCCAUGCGCGGCGGGGGCUUCCGCGACCGCUGCUACGGCGACUACGAGUCUCUUGGGCCGUGGGGUCCUACCGACUACAACGGCUUUGGCGACAGCCGGCGGCUCCCGCCGCGCGACAGCGUUGGCGACCGCCGGUUUCGUGAGCCUUUUCGCGGCGGUCGCGGCGGCUUUGACGGUGGCGGAUUUCGCAAGCCGUACCCGCCAACAGCUGUCGAUGCCGCUCGGGAAAGGCUCGAGGCCGCAAAGUCGUCGGCGGUCGCGGCCCAGGAGGCGGCUCGCUGGGCGCAAGAGGAGGAGACCGCGGCGCAGCAGGCGCUGUGGGCGGAGGAGGCGGCCGAAAAGGUGCGCGAGGAGGAGAUGUCCAACCUCGAGCAGGUGGCCCUCUCCGCGAGAGAGCACGCCGAGGCCUCGUCGCGGGCGGCGGCCGCGGCUGCGUCCACCGCCUUCGAGGCGGAGCAGAUGGCCACCGAAGCCGCGCUCGCCGCCGGUCCUGGAGAGGGAGCGUGGCGCUCUCCGCGCCGCCUCUCGGGCGCGCCGCGGCGGCUCUCCUCAUCGCGCGCGAGCAGCUCCUUCCAAGAGCCGCUCUACCCGUACGCGGAGCGCGGCUACUCGGCCUCCGGCCCCUCCGGCCAGACCUCCGCGUACUCCUCCUCUUACGGCUCCUCCUCUUACGGUGCGGCGCCGCAAACCAGCGGCGGGGUCGGCAUGGGCGCUUCGUCUGGCAUGGCGCCGCCAGGCGGCAUGGCGCGGCCGGCGAUGGGUUCGCCGAUGGGCUCGCCGAUGGCGCCCCAGAGCAGCGGCGGCAUGCCACCACGGCCUGGGAUGGGCUCGCCGAUGGCGCCCCAGAGCAGCGGCGGCAUGCCACCCCGGCGCGGGAGCCUAGAUGUGCAGACUCCCUCUCCCUUCGCGGCCCGGGAUGCCAUCGCCGUUGGGACCACAAAGCAACAACGGGCUGCCGCCGCGGCCAGGAAUGUCAUCGCCGAUGGCGCCGCAAAGCAGCGGCGCCAUGCCCCCUGCGCCCGGGGGCAUGCCGCCGCGGCCGCAGAUGCCGCCCCAGAGCAUGGCUCCGGCGCCGAGUGGCGGCCCCGUCUACACGCGAUAGGCGGUCGUUUCAUCUCCUUUCCUGUGUUUGCGUUGUUGUGCGUGGCCAGUGGUUUUUCUCAGCGAGUUUUCUCUCCCU